CGUCUGAUUAAAGGGAGAGGUUGUUUUCGAAGGUUGGUCGCAGGAGUAAAGCGUUUUCUUUGUCGCGCAGUUGGCGUGGGCUCUUGUAAGCCGGUAGUUCAGGAGCUGAGUGAAGCUCUAUUGGGGGAGUGUUCCUGGAUUCGCUUCGGUAAACUUCGUGGAUAUAAAGUUGAAAUUUGCUGCUAAAGAUGGCAGACCCAGAUGUCCUCACUGAGGUUCCAGCAGCAUUGAAGAGGUUAGCAAAGUACGUGAUCCGGGGUUUUUAUGGCAUCGAACAUGUGUUGGCCUUGGACAUCUUGAUUCGGAACCCCUGUGUGAAAGAGGAGGAUAUGCUGGAGUUACUCAAGUUUGAUCGAAAGCAACUUCGAUCAGUUUUGAAUAAUUUAAAGGGAGACAAGUUCAUCAAAUGCAGAAUGAGAGUAGAAACUGCUGCAGAUGGAAAAACCACUCGCCAUAACUACUACUUUAUCAAUUAUCGUACUCUCGUUAAUGUGGUAAAAUAUAAACUAGACCACAUGAGAAGGAGGAUUGAAACGGAUGAGAGAGAUUCCACCAACCGGGCUUCCUUCAAAUGUCCUGUGUGUAGUAGUACUUUCACAGACUUAGAAGCUAAUCAGCUCUUUGAUCCCAUGACAGGAACUUUCCGCUGUACAUUUUGCCAUACAGAGGUAGAAGAGGAUGAAUCAGCAAUGCCCAAAAAAGAUGCACGCACACUUUUGGCAAGGUUUAAUGAACAAAUUGAACCCAUUUAUGCAUUGCUUCGAGAGACAGAAGAUGUGAACUUAGCCUAUGAAAUACUUGAGCCAGAACCCACAGAAAUCUCAGCCCUGAAACAGAGCAAGGACCGAGCAGCCACUACAGCUGGAGCUGCUGGCCAGCCAGGCAGUCACCACCGGGAAGCAUGGACCACCAGAGGGCCCUCCUAUGAAGACCUGUACACGCAGAAUGUUGUCAUUAACAUGGAUGACCAAGAAGAUGUUCAUCGUGCCUCCCUGGAGGGGAAAUCUGCCAAAGAGAGACCCAUUUGGCUGAGAGAGAGCACUGUCCAGGGGGCAUAUAGUUCUGAAGAGAUGAAAGAAGGUGGCAUGGAUAUGGAUGCAUUUCAGGAGCAUGAAGAAGGCCAUGAAGGGCCUGAUGACAAUGAGGAGGUCAUGCGAGCACUCCUCAUCCAUGAGAAGAAGACUCCCUCUGCCACAGCUGGCUCCAUGGGGGCAGCUGCUCCUGUUACUGCUGCUACCAAUCCCAGUGACUCAGAAAGUGAGACCAGUGAGUCAGAUGAUGACUCUCCACCCCGGCCAGCAGCUGCUGUGGCUACACAUCAUCGAGAAGAGGAUGAAGAAGAUGAUGAUGAGUUUGAGGAGGUUGCAGAUGACCCCACUGUCAUGGUGGCUGGCCGUCCAUUCUCCUACAGUGAAGUGAGCCAGCGGCCAGAGCUGGUUGCCCAGAUGACACCAGAAGAGAAGGAAGCAUACAUAGCAAUGGGACAACGCAUGUUUGAGGACCUCUUUGAAUGAGCUUUCCCUGCCUUUUCCUCCUUUCUGUCAUGCUCAUUUAAAAAGAAAUUCCCUACCUUUGAAGAAAAAUAUUUAAGUGGCUUUCUUGCUCUCUUGCUAUAAAGCACCUGUUAAUCUUCCACAAAGAAUAAUGGGAGAGAACGUUUGAUUUUAAUACCAGAGCUUCCCAGGAAGGUAGGUUGGCCAUAAGCAUUCCCUUCUCUACUAUUAUUGCAGUAUUAAUAUGUUACUCUAUUUCCUAAUCUGAUUUUUUCUUUCCUUUCUGAGAUGACCUUUUCGCCCUUCUGAGAUGAAUGAGGGAAGUAAAUUCUUUUUGUGUACCUACAGAAACCUACUACAGUUAGUAACAGUAAUUCAUAGAUAACAUCCUUUUUAUUUAUUCUUACCAAGGAUUCCAAACAGUUCUUUAUAUUGUACCUAAACAUUGUACCUAAACAAAGCAGCUUACUGAUAGACAAAUCACUGGUUAGGGGAAAGAAUCCUAAAACUCCAUAUUUCCCCAUAUUAAGAUUGGAAUCAACAUGUAAGGGAGGUGAGAAUGUUUGUGGAAGAGGGAUGGAUAUGCCUGAACCUUAUGAUUAGUGUGUAAACCAGAAUUUGUGUCUUCAGAGUGGAACAGACUGGUAGAUUCUUAUGUUUUGCUUUAGGCUUUUUUGGUUUGGAUUUUGGAUGAUACAAAACAAAGUAUGCUUCAUAAAGUAUCUUUUAUGAAGAAAUUAAAGAAAA